GCUUAUAAUCAGUCUAACAACGUUUCUUCUUUUACCGGCUAUACUCAGAGGAUUGGUGUUUUAUAUACGGGAAAAGUGCGGAAACUUUGGUCAGACUAUUAAGAUUGUUUGUUGAGCAUCAAAUAAUUCAAAUAAAAAUGCAAACUAUAAAAUGUGUGGUUGUUGGUGAUGGAGCUGUUGGUAAAACAUGUCUCCUGAUUUCAUAUACGACAAACAAAUUUCCUAGUGAAUAUGUACCAACGGUAUUUGAUAACUAUGCUGUAACGGUAAUGAUUGGUGGUGAACCAUACACUCUAGGUCUCUUUGACACCGCAGGUCAAGAAGAUUAUGAUAGACUUAGACCAUUAUCAUAUCCACAAACUGAUGUUUUUCUUGUAUGUUUUUCUGUUGUAUCCCCUGCUUCCUUUGAAAAUGUUAAAGAAAAGUGGGUGCCAGAAAUAACUCAUCAUUGUCCAAAAACGCCGUUUCUUCUGGUGGGAACGCAAGUGGAUUUGCGUGACGACGCAACGACGAUAGAAAAACUCGCGAAAAACCGACAGAAGCCUAUCACCGUUGAGCAGGCAGAGAAACUUGCAAGGGAACUUCGCGCCGUCAAAUAUGUUGAAUGUUCCGCAUUAACUCAAAAAGGAUUGAAAAAUGUGUUCGACGAGGCGAUAUUAGCCGCUUUAGAACCGCCUGAACAACCCAAAAAGAAGAAAUGCAUUUUGUUGUAGAAAGAUUUCAAUGUAGUUGUAUGGCUUGUAUUGAAAAACUUCGGCGACACAGCAUGCGUGUAUGAGAAAAACAUGUAUAUGACGAUUGACUGCAGUCUUAAUUUAAGAACUAUAUGCGUUUAUUUUAUAAUUGUGAUUUUGUAUAUUAGUGGACAAUAUUGAGAGGCGCUUUCCUUGAUUAUUGCAAUAUUGCUGUUAACAAUAAUGCAAGACAAUGCUUUCAUUGAAAGCAGUUGUUAGAUGUCAAUUUUUUUUAACAAAGUUGAUGAAUCUUGGUGAAUGCCGGAAAAUUAUUAAUUGAUAUGUUUAUAAUUUUUGAGUGAUAAUCUGUAGAGAGAGAUCUACAUUCAAUUACGUAAAAAAUAACUGUUGAUUUCUUUGACUCUGAAAUUUUUAAAUAUUUUUCUCGCGUUAUUUACUGCACAAUUAUAAUUUAAAGGCAUCGCACGAUUUGCUGUACUCAAAAUAAAUUUAUGACAUCAUUA